AUGAUCAAUCUUGCGUAUUUUGUUUGGCUUCAGAAAGAUCAAUUGUUGUUGUCUUGGCUUCAAUCGACACUUUUGAGCGAAAUUCUAUCUCGUGUUCUUGGAUGCUCUCACUCGCAUCAACUGUGGGAUCGUUUGUUUAGUUACUUUCAUAAGCAAACUCAUGCGAAAGCUCGUCAGCUUCAGGUUGAAUUAUGUGCCCUAACUCUUGACACUCAGUCUGUUCAGGAUUAUUUGCUGAAAAUUCGUACGAUUAUGGAUUCUUUGGCCUCCAUUGGAGAUCUUGUUCCAAGCACUCAUCACAUUGAUGUGAUUCUUGAAGGUUUACAUGUUUAG